AUGAAAUUCGGCCACCAACUCAAACAAGUCCUCCAGGAAGAGUUUCCGCCCGCCUGGAUCGAUCAGGCUAUAGGAUACCAGCAGCUCAAAAAGUGCCUCCACAGGCUUGAAAAAGAGCUCUCCAGUUUCGGCCUUACGCCCGAGACCUUAAGGCAGCUCCUCCAGGAGGUCGAGGAUCACAACACCCGCGCCGAGUCGGAGCUCGCCAGCCAAACAGAAGCCCUCGCUAGGGAAGAACAAAUCGAGAAGCCGUUUGAAUACAUCCUCACUCCUGAGGCAAGAGCGGAGCAAGAUCUACGGGAUGCUGCUAACAGUGAUGAAAAGGCACCCGAAAAUACCUUCCAUCCAAAGCUGCUCUUCACUGUCGAUGUGGCCACGGGAGAACCUCUGAGUGCCAACCUAUCGCCCGAGACCAGGUCUAAACUGCACCAACUUGCCUUGGAGAAUGGUAUCACCAACGUCCGCGUAACUGAAGUCACCGAGCUUGAUGAAGCUGCUGCCAGCGAGGCAUCCGAUGAAGACCCUCAGCGAAGCUCCUCAAACUCGUCUAGCGGGACGACCACGUCUCCAAGAGAACUGCGGAUGAUUGAAGUCCCACUGACCUCUGACUCGGAGUUCUUCUCCAUGCUCACUACUCAGCUCUCUGGAAUCGCGGAGUUGCAGUCCGUGGAAGAGAAGAGGCUUCAUACCGUCAUAAUCCAGAUUAGCCAGAAGAUCAACAAGAUCAUCGAAGCCAACCCGGGCAAGAAGCGCGAUAUCAGGGACGUCGUACGAUGGAGACGGAUUCUCAACUACUACACCGAUUGCAACGUGUUCUUUGAGACCAAACCGAGCAUGCGAGUAGUGGCACACACCGUGACCGAAGCCGAGAAGCAACUGCUGCAGUUCACCAACAUGCUCAAUAAAGAGAAGCUUACCAAUUUCAAAAGCGAAGACAGUGAAGCAAGCGUCAAUAUGUUCUUGGAGCUCAACCAGGACUUACUCCAGACCCUCAAGUUCCAAGAAAUCAACAACACUGCGAUGUACAAGAUCUUAAAGAAAUUCGACAAACGCACGGCCCUCGGCGUGAAAGCCACCUUUCCAAACAAGGUCCACAUACCAGUUUUCACGGACGCUGUCGCAAAGGCAGUCUGCUACCAAGUCAACAAAGACGUAGUCGAAACCGUGCCCCGACUCAGCGACUACUCCUGCGCCAUCUGCAGCGAUAUCCAUUGGCGGCCUGUCCGAUUAGAAUGCGAUCACGUCUUCUGCAUCAGAUGCAUGAUCGUCAUGCAACGAAAUAAGCAGAGCAGGUGCCCCCUGUGCCGAAAAGAAGGCAUCCUGGCGUUACAUGACGCCGAUCUCGACGACGAAAUGAAGAAGUUCCUCGAAAAGUGGUUCCCCGACGAAGUCACGCGGAAGCAGAAAGAGAAUGAGUUCCUGGCUGGUGUCGACCAAUACGGCGAGGCUUAUAAGGCCAAGUGCAUUGUCAUGUAGUAUACUCUUUUCCUUUUUCCUAUUUGUACUUUCGUUUUUAGCUACAGGAGUUGUCCGUGGCUUUAGGCAAUGCAUUAGCUGGGGGAUAUACGAUACCAUUGGGAGGAUAGCUCUGCUGCUGGAUAUAUGGGAGCAGGGCUGCAGGUAAUUGCUAAUUUGGCGUGAGGAAAUACUUCCGGGCAUCAUGGUAGAUAGCCGAUGCGAAUGGAAUGUUUAAUUCCGCGCUCUUGGAAAUCACAGACCUCCAAGCUUUUGAGAACCCC